AUGCUGCAGGUGUUGUUCGGCGAGCCAGUUGUGAUUACAGCUUGCGAGUUCCUCGAACAGAACGCACCUUCUGGCUCCCAAGUGGUGUCACUGGUUGGGGCUACUGCGCCUCCUUCAUUUGCUUUGGAGGUAUUUGUACAAUCCGAGGGGGAGACGAGAUUUAGGCGUUUGUGCCACCCCUUCCUCUAUUCUCAUUCGUCGUCAAAUGUUUUGGAAGUGGAGGCUGUUGUAACUAACCAUCUAGUUGUAAGAGGCAGCUACCACAGUCUGAGUUUGGUCAUAUAUGGAAACACGGCAGAGGAUCUAGGUCAGUUUAAUAUUGAGUUUGAUGAUAACUCUUUGACUAAUCUUGUCACUUCUGCCGAGGGAAAGCUAGAAGAUCUGCCUCUGGCAUUUCAUUCAAGUUCAAGAGUCAUAACAGAAUCAUUAAUUUCUCUGAAAGUAUUAUCUCUUCCUGUCGCCGCUCUGGAUUUGCGUAUGGAAGUCAAAAAGUUCUUACACCUCAUCUCCAAGAUGCUAGAGAUGCCUCUCAUUGAGGGAUCUGUGUACAAAGUUGUAAGUACCAUAGUCAAAGCUGUUUGUUCCCGAGUCACUCAUGAUUCGUGUCACAAGGUAACUGAAGGAGGUGGAUCCAAGGAGCUGGAAGAGUUUUCCCAUGUUAUUGAUGAGGCUACGAACGAGCUUAUUGGAGUCCUUCAGGGUUGUUCAGAGAAUGAUGCAGCCCAGUCAUUGACGGAUGGCAGUUUUCUUGAAUCUGAAGGUGAUAUGGCUACUUCCAAACAAUUGGUGGACAUGUUGGGCUUGUGCCUUUGUUUUGGCAAGAACUCUUCUCAUCCACAGGAGCUUUUAAAGAGGAAGAACUUUUUGGGCCUGUGUGUGGCCUUUUUACUGUGCUCUAGCAGAGAAAGUUGCUUUCACUUUGUGAAUCAUGGGGGAAUUGAGCAACUUGCCCACUUUUUCUCUCAUGACAUACAGAAUUCUUCCGCAGUUGUCUUACUCUUACUCGCAGUUAUAGAGCGGGCUACACGUCAUCCAAUUGGGUGUGAAGGAAUCUUAGGCUGGUGGCCAAGGGAAGAUGAAAAUGUGCCUUCUGGGUUUAGCAAAGGGUAUAGCCAGUUGUUGAAGCUGUUCCUGGAAAAACCACGCCAUGAUGUUGCUUCCCUUUCGUCUUACAUCCUUCAUCGUUUAAGAUUCUAUGAAGUUGCUUCAAGAUACGAGUCUGCUGUUCUAUGUGUGUUGGCCGGUCUGCCUGCUGACGGAAGAGUAACAAAUCUAAGGGAAAGCAUGCUUGGGAGUGUUCUAUUUCAACUAAAAAAACUCUUGAAAUUGCUCAACUCAAUUGGUCCACUUGAAGAUCCUUCUCUGGUGGCUCAAGCAAGUCGAUCAUUGAUUCUUGGUCGAACAGAAGGGCUAUUGUCUUAUGAAUCAACCAGGGGGUUGAUUGGUUCCUCUGAUUGCUCUUUUUUCAACCGUGAUCUUGACCCCCAUUUGCUGGGACUUCUCAAGGAGAGAGGCUUUCUUCCAUUAUCAGCUGCACUUUUGGCAUCGCCUAUUUUGCGCUCAGAAGUCGGAGAUACCAUGGGCACAUUUGUUGAGAUUGCAUCAACUAUUGGGGCCAUACUUCUCGCUCUUCUUAUGCGUCGCUCAGGUUUACUUUUCCUUUCAAGCCACCCGGAACUUUCAAAUACCAUAAUUGAUGCUUUGAGGAAUGCAACUGACACGAGAAUGGAAGAAUGCCUUCCACUCAGAUAUGCAUCUAUUUUAACGGCGAAGGGUUUUGUUUGUGGUCCUCGGGAAGUGGCAAUGAUUAUUGAGAUGCAUUUGAGAGUGGUGAAUGCUAUCGACAGAUUGCUUUUACUAACUCAACAUACGGAAGAAUUCUUGUGGGUGUUGUGGGAGCUCUGUGGUCUCUCCAGAUCUGAUUGUGGUCGCCAAGCUUUGUUGGCACUGGGGUGUUUUCCUGAGGUUAUAUCAACUUUGAUUGAAGCCUUAUAUGCGGUAAAGGAAACCGAGCCAGAUGUCAGAAGUGGUGGAGCUUCCCCUGUAGACGUGGCGAUUUUUCACUCAGCCGCGGAGAUAUUUGAAGUCAUUAUUACUGACACAACUGCAUCCUCCUUGAAUUCUUGGAUUGGACAUGUGAUGGACCUCUAUAAAGCCUUACAUUCUUCUUCCCCUGGCUCUAAUAGGAAAGAUGCUCCAACACGGCUGUUGGAUUGGAUAGAUGCUGGAGUUGUUUACCACAAAAACGGGGCUAUUGGUCUUCUUAAGUAUUCUGCUGUGUUAGCAUCUGGAGGGGAUACACAUCUAACGUCUGCCAGCACCCUAGUUUCAGAUUUAACAGAUGUUGAGAAUGUGGUGGGAGAUGCUUCAGGUAGUUCUGAUGUACAUGUCAUGGAAAAUCUGGCAAAAAUUGUCUCCGAGAAGACAUUUGAUGGUGUUACACUUCGUGACUCUGCAAUAGCGCAGCUGACAACAGCCAUUCGAAUUUUGGCCUUCAUUUCAGAAAAUUCAACUGUUGCGGCAAGUUUGUACGAUGAAGGUGCUCUGACAGUUAUCUAUGCUAUUGUUGUGAACUGCAGCUUUAUGAUGGAGAAGUCAUCAAAUAUCUACGAUUAUCUUGUCGAUGAGGGGGCAGAAAGCAAUUCGACAUCUGAUUUGUUAUUGGAGCGUAACCGCGAGCAAAGCUUAGUCGAUCUUUUGGUUCCUUCUCUGGUAUUGCUGAUUGCACUUCUUCAGAAGUUGCAGGAAGCAAAAGAACAGCAUAGGAACACAAAGUUGAUGAAUGCGCUUCUCCGCCUUCACCGAGAAGUCAGCCCGAAGCUUGCUGCAUGCACAGCAGAUUUAUCAUCUUCUUAUCCUGAUUCAGCACUUGGUUUUGGAGCUGUCUGCCAUCUGACUGUGUCAGCUCUUAGCUUCUGGCCGGUGGCUGGAUGGACACCUGGUCUUUUCCACUCCCUCCUUGCAAAUGUUCAAUCAACUUCACUGCUGGGUUUGGGCCCAAAGGAAACAUGUAGCUUGCUUUGUCUAUUGAAUUAUCUGUUCCCUGAAGAAGGUGUUUGGCUUUGGAAGAACGGAAUGCCCUUGUUAAGUGCUGUAAGAACGCUGGCUGUGGGAACACUGUUAGGUCCACAUAAGGAAAGACAUAUCAACUGGUAUCUUGAGCCUUCCCACCGGGAGAAAUUGCUCAACCAGUUGACCCCACAACUUGAUAAAAUCGCCCUGAUUAUCAGACACUAUGCCAUCUCCAGAUUGGUUGUCAUCCAAGACAUGCUCCGGGUCUUCAUAAUUCGCAUUACUUGCCAAAAACCGAUCAAUGCUUCUGUUCUUAUCAAGCCUUUGUUAUCAUCUGUUCGUGACCAUCUCUCUGACUGUUCUUCUCUGUCACAGAAAGAUGUUUACAAGGUUUAUAGGUAUCUUGCAUUUCUUGCUAGUGUACUGGAGCAUCCACGUGCCAAGGUGCUGUUAUUGGAGGAAGGCAUUGCUGACCUUUUAAUUGAGACUCUAGAGAGGUGUUUUAAUGCCAUUGAUUCAGAUGGAAUUCAUCUCUCAGAGAGCAAAAGUCUUGCAAAAUCUGGUGUCACUCUGAGCAUGUGCUGCCUUCCUGCGUUCAAGUCCAUCGCUUUGCUUUGUGGUUCUCAAACGUCUUUACCGUACUCUGGACAUUGUGACUUCCAUGCUGUAAGCUUUAGUUCUCAGGACUGCGCAUCGAUUCUACCCCAUCUCUUGAAUUUCUGCCAGGCCUUGCCAGUUGGAAGAGAAUUGCUUUCCUGUCUAAUCAGUCUUAAGGAAAUGGGUAGUUGCAGUGAAGGUCGGAGUGCUUUGUUGACCUCUUCGAGCAGUGUUGUCAAUGGAACACUUAUGGAGGUAGAAUCACACAAAGGUGAUGAAAGGAAUGGAAAUCGUGGUGGUGAUGUUUACGAAUGGAGCAAUAACCCUCCUUUGUUGCAUUGCUGGAUGAAAUUGCUCAAGUUUGUUGAUCACUCGGAUGGACUAUCAACUUGGGCAGUGGAGGCUAUCAAUGCAUUGUCAGCUGGGUCUUUGAGUUUCUGCGUCAAUGAAAAGAGUUUGAACUGGAAUGCAGUGGCUGCCAUAAAAUACCUUUACGGGAUCCCAAAUGACAUGAAUGAGACAGACAGCCCUUCGGAAGCCUUAUCCUCCAUAGAGGAAAUGACUACAGUGCUGAAUUCAAAGAUCACAAACAACUACCAUGUCGCUGUGCAAGCCACUCUGUAUCAGGCUCUAGAAUCUGCCAACGCAUUGAUGUUACUGUUUCAAAAACCCAGAGACAACUUCUUAUGGGAAUGUCCAGAGAUAAUGCCUGACAGAUUAUCACAAAACCUUCCUGCAAAACGGAAGUUAUCAUCUGUGGACAGUUCUGGCAAGCGAGUGAAGGGUGAAAGUUCAGUGGCCGAAAUAACAGGACAGAAUUCAUUUGGUCGGGGAAUGGGCCCAACUACUGCCUCUACUGGUCCUAUCCGCAGAGACUCCUUCAGACAGAGAAAACCAAACACUAGCAGGCCUCCAUCCAUGCAUGUCGAUGACUAUGUUGCUAGAGAGAGAAGCGUCGAUGGGGUGGGGAAUAAUUCAAAUGUUAUUUCUGUCCAACGAUUAGGGUCUGGUGGCGGAAGACCUCCUUCAAUUCACGUGGAUGAAUUCAUGGCUAGAGAAAGACAAAGACAGAAUCCAAUGGCUGCUGGUGUAGUUGGAGAGCCAUCAUCAUCACAAGUUAAACUGGCUGCUGCUGUUGUUAACAAUGAUGUUGAUAAAGAGAAAGCCAACAAGUCUAAGCAGCUAAAAAUUGAUAUAGAUGAUGAUCUCCAUGGUAUAGAUAUAGUGUUUGAUGCUGAGGAGUCCGAGACUGAUGACAAGUUGCUAUUUCCUCAGCCAGAUGACAAUCUUCAGCAACCUGCUCCUGUUGUCAUGCUUGAACAAAGCUCUCCUCAAUCAAUUGUUGAGGACACACAGAGUGAUACUCCACUGGCAUCAUCCGAUGCUGAUGAAAAUGCACAGAGCGAGUUCUCUUCACGGAUGUCGGCUGCCACUAGACCUGAAAUGCCACUAACUCGAGAGCAUAGUGUUCCUUCAGAUAAGAAGCUCUAUGAGCAAUCUGAUGAUUCGAAGAGCAUAUUUCGGGGUAUAACCUCUGUGGGGGAUGAUUAUGGCGCUGGUGGUGGAACUUACUACAAUAGUGGGCCAGGUUCUUCGUCUUUGCAUGUACCAAUGAAUGCCAGAACAACUCCGAAUGUCUAUAUGAAGAACAGCCCUCGUAGUGCAACGGGAUCUCGAGGAAGUUAUGAGCAUAGGAUUGGUAUUCAUCAACCGCCUUUGCCUCCAAUACCACCUCCAUCAUCGUCUGUCUCGCCUGGAAUCAUACCUCAGGGUCUUGAUCCUGGCUCAAGUCUGUCAUCCCCCUUCUUGAAGUCUUUUGCAGAGGCUCAAUCAGAAUAUCCUCCUGCUUUUGUAAACAGUCCUGCACGUCUACCAUCCUCCCAUUCUUUAGCAGAUUCCAAAUAUUCUUCAAGGAGUUCUAACGUCUCUUCUCCGAGUGGGUCAGCCGGAACUCAUCCACCGCUUCCUCCAACACCGCCACCUCCUUUCUCAGCUGGCCCUUACCAUUUGCCUUCUGGAAAGCCCGCUUCAACUCCACAGUCAUCGGGAUAUACCGAGUUUCCUAUGGUGGCUGGCCUAACUUCCUACCCGCAUCCUCCACUGAUGCAACCAUUGGUCUUCAGCCGGCCGCCUUAUGUAAACACAGGAGCAACUCAGCAACCAGGUGGCGACACCCCGAGCAUGCUGCAGAAUAUCCCCAUCGCUCAGUCAAUGCAUCAGUUGCAGCCUCUACAGCCACCACUGCAACGUCCUUCACAAGCCCAUCUCUGGCCUCCUUUGCAGCCAUCUUCUCAUCAGCAGCAGCUGGAACAACAAGGUUUGCCGCCUUUGCAAAAUCCGUUUCAGGUUCCAGUCCAUCAAGUGCAAAUGAUGCAACAGCCUCAAAUGGUUGCCAUGCAUGCUCAAUAUCAAGGUCAACAGCAAGAGAUCCCUCAGUUGAGACAGCAGCAGCAAGUUGAACAACUUCAUGAGCAAGGCCUGCAGCAUUCUCAAGGAGAUGGUUCUUCAUCCCAGCAACAGCAGGAUCUUUCGUUGCACGAGUACUUCAGAGAUCCCCAAGCAAUUACGGCACUGUUGAGUAACAAGGAUGAGCUAUGCCGGCUCUUGGAGCAACACCCAAGGUUGAUGCAGAUGCUUCAGGAGAGAUUGGGGCAGCAAUAGCGAAGCUGUGAAGAUACCAGUAUCAAUGCCCUACUUACCGUGAGUGUAAGGCUUCCGUGUGGGCGCUGUGAAGCUCUCCCAAAAGUGGAUUUUGUUCAUUUUCUUUCCCCAACUUUUGGUCUCAAGUUUUCACCUUUAUAGUCCAUGUAAGGAUUGUGUAUAUGUAACUUUCACGGCUGAUGAUAAUUUUGUCUGAUUCGGUGAUUUUGUUUUAGCUCUGGUUCCAUCCCGCACUCCAACUAAGGAUUUUUGUGUGUGUUGAACUUGACGAAAUAUUUAAAGGGGUCCAAGAUACGACCACGGUAGGCUGUGGAUGGUGAUCCAUAAUAUUCAAAGAAUACGGGGAUACCUAUUGAAAGAUUAAAAAAAGAAAAUACAAGUGAAUGAUGAGAUUGAAGGAGAUACCUAAAAAUA